AUGCUGCCACGUCCACUGAGAGGUGUGUUGCCGAUACUCUUCCUCACAAGGGAAGCUCUAGCUCAGUCUAACGCCGAAACUGUUCGGUCAUCUUUUGCAUACAUUCUCUACGGGGAGAGAACGCCUCUACGAGGUAAUACGGCACCAAGCCUGACCCCGCUGGGUGGUCAACAGCUUUAUACACAAGGCUCCGUUUUCCGAGCCCGCUACCUAUCGAAUGGCAGUCUAUCAGAAGAUGACAGCCGGGUUACCACGGCUUCCCCGGUGAUUGGCCUCGAGGAGAAUGCCAUAGACAAUAGUCAGCUAUCUAUAUACAGUAGCACGGAUGAAUAUGUCUUUGGAAGCGCUCUGGCUUUCAUGCAAGGGCUGUAUCCGCCUACUCCCCAUGCCUUCGCCGUCGACGGCGAGGACCUUUCCAUGUUGGCUAAUGGAACGACCGUCGAAUAUCCCCUAGACGGCUAUCAGUAUCCAAAUGUUCAGACGCCCUCAGUCUUGGAUCCAAACUCUGUCUGGCUAGAAGGACAUACCUCAUGCGCUGAUUACUGGUCUUCGGCUCGUGACUUUGAUGACGAGGCCAACACAGUCCGGACGUACAACUCAUCGUUCGACUUCUACCAGAAAACAUGA